AUGGACGCAGCGAAAAGUGAACAGCGCCCGGCCUCGUCGUUGUCGUCAUCAUCUGCAGCAUCGGAUCCAUUGUCCAAGAAGGAGAGCCGUCAAGGAAGGCCGAGCUAUGCAGGAUCUGACCGGAACCACCUGCGAGGCCAGUCGACGCGGUCGGCGACUGAUCGGACCAGCCUGGCGAUCCAUGGCGAGCCGGACCACGACUAUGAGCAGAUUGGGGCCAUUACGGCCGGCCAUGAACUCGAUGUCGAGCUGGAGAAUGCCUACGACAGACAGGUGCUCGAGCGGAUCGAGAGCCGCAGCAGCGUGGCGUACAGGCUGACGCAAGCGCUCAGCGCAGUCAGCCGGGCGGACAAGCAGACGACCGAGAAGGAUGGCCAGAAGACCAAAUGGGCCGAGACGCUGCCGCUAUCCGACCUUGACGACGGCGUCGUUGGCUGGGAGUCCGACGAGGACCCUAUGCAUCCGUGGAACUUUGACCCGACCAAGAAGUGGGUGCUGGUGGCCUGCGUCUCGGGCGUGACCUUCUUGACGACCUUUACAUCCUCGAUCCUGUCGCCUGCCGUCGCCACUGUCGACCGCCAGUUUGGCAACACCAGCACCAUCAUCUCUUCGCUCGUCGUCAGCGUCUAUCUGCUCGGCUACGUGCUCGGGCCGCUCUUCAUCGCUCCGCUGUCCGAGAUCUACGGCCGCCUGCCCGUCCUGUUGACGGCUAACGUCAUGUUCUGCUGCUGGCUGCUCGGCUGCGCCCUGGCCCCUAAUAUGUCCGCCCUGAUCGUCUUCCGCUUCCUUACCGGCGUUGGGGGUGCCGGCUGCAUGACUCUUGGUGGAAGCAUUAUGGGUGACCUCUUCCGCGCCGAACAGAGAGGCCUCGCUAUGGGCAUUUGGAACCUAGGACCACUAGUCGGCCCAACCAUCGGUCCUCUUACCGGCGGCUUCAUCGUCGAGAACAUUGGCUGGCGCUGGGACUUUUGGAUCUGCCUGAUCGUCGCCGUUGCCUUUAUCGGCACAUUACAGAUAUUCAAUGUCGAGACUAACGCGCGUGUUAUCAUGCAGCGCAAGGUCGACCGCCUAAGCAAAGAGCUAAACCGCAGCGACCUGCGCAGCUGCUACAGUAAUGGGGCGGUCCUUAGUGGUUCUCGCAUCCUGUUCAAUAGCCUGGUGCGUCCGGUCAAGAUGCUGUUCCUGUCGCCGAUGAUCUUGUCUCUGUCGAUGUACAUCGCCUUUGUAUACGGGGUCAUGUACCUGCUCUUCACCACCAUCCCGGGCGUGUUCGAGGUCACGUACGGCUUCAAUGUCGGCCUAACCGGCCUCGUCUAUCUUGCCCUCGGGAUCAGUAACGUCGUCGGCUGGCUUGUUGUGGCCAUCUACUCGGACAAAUCGGUCAUCAGCCUGACCAAGGCCAACGGCGGCAAGUUUGAGCCCGAGAUGCGCCUGGCCAUCACCCCCUUCUUUGGCCUCUGCCUGCCCAUCACCUUUUUCUGGUACGGCUGGACGGCCCAGUACAAGGUCCACUGGAUGUCACCCAUCAUGAGCCUGAUGCCUUUUGGCUUCGGAAUGAUGGGCCUCUUCCUCCCCAUCACGACCUAUCUAGUGGAUGCAUACCCAAUGUACGCCGCCUCGGCUCUGGCGGCCAAUGUUGUGGCGCGAAGCCUCGUUGGUGCCAUGCUUCCCCUGGCCGGCCCGACCCUGUACGCCAAUCUCAACUACGGCUGGGGCAACUCGGUGCUGGGCUUUAUCUCCAUCGCCAUGGUCCCCGUGCCGCUGCUGAUCACCAAGUUUGGCAAGCGGAUGAGGACGUCGCAGAAGUUCCAGCUGUAG